AUGGCGGAGGUCGAGCAGCCCCUGUCACUGCUGGACGCCGUGCGCGCACAACUCACAAUCGAUUCAGACUCUGACAGCUCGCAGACCACCACGAUCAGAAUCUCAAAGAAGAAGCCUCCUGACAAGACGCCUCUGGACCAGAGCGUGUCUACGAACCCCAGCAUCAUCCUCAUCGAAAGCACCAACGACCACGAGCCCUUCCCAGACUUCGACGAGAACCUCUCCGAGGCCCUUAGCGAGUGCGAGCACGCGUACAACCAAGCCGUCACCGCCGCCAUGCAAGCAGGGAUCCGCAUCAGAGAGGUCGAGCCAGCUAUCGUUGCGCCGCCAGGUCAACCCGAAACCAAGCGCGUCGCCCUGGACCGGCUGAAGGAGCUUCUGUCGAAUCCGCAGCUACGCUUGUCCACGCGCAAGCGGUUCAUCGCCCUCACUAACAUGAUUAUCCGUCUAGACCAUGUCCUGUUUCGACGCAGCGAGAAGUUCCUGGGACCGCAGGACACCGCGGAGGCUACGGAGAUAGCCACUGUGAUGCUGAGCUACCUCCACUGGGUGGAUAAUAUGCUACAGGAUCUGGUUGACACGGCCGAACACAUCUUCGAGGUGCUGGGUCUGCUCAUGGACGAAGAGGUGUCUGUAGUUGUGCGAUACCGACGGAUGGCGUGUGUGGCAGCCGCCCAUCUCCGCAAACCACGUUUCCUAGAGCAGCGCCUGCUCUCGUUGUACCUCGACCUGUACGACGAGUGGAUCCACAACCGAUUCUUGCACAUGAGCAAUCGCCUGAUACUGCAGGAGGAGAAGAUUGACGUACCACGCUUGGACUUGGCCCGUCAUCUCCAUUCCAUCUGGGAGAUCAUGUCGCGGUCCAUUGAGAACUAUGCCAUCUACCGGGGGACGCUGGCCGAUAUCAGGGACAUCUACUUUACGCCAACAAUGACAGACAUGCCCAAUUCGCCGGAGAUGGAGGAUUGUCUUGCAGAGGAGAAGCCGCAACGAAAAGCUGGGGAGGGAUCAUGA